ACAAAAUCAAUCCAUCAUGCUAAGAAGGCCGGCAACCACCAUCAAGUUGACUCCAGAAGACAUCCUCGAGUACGAUGAAUCUACACACCAACAACAAGUCCAUCAAGAACAGGAACGUCACCAGUUUGAUCAAUUCCAAGAACACCAAAGUGACCCAGAUUCAAGCAAUUUGAGUUUUAAAGAAUCUUCUCAUAUAAAUAACCAGAACUCGGUGAACCCUCCUUUAAAUAGGGAUGAAAGAAUCGGGGUAACUAGAAAUCAAAACUAAUCUGUAAUAUAAUCUUUUAUUCUACAAAUAUGAUUUAAU